GGGUGUUGGUGGAUGUUGGUGUAGGGUUAUCUGGCGCGCUCUAUCGAUCUAGAAUGGUCUCGGGCUGUUUGGGGGGUGGUGGUGGGUGAUGGCGUAGUUUACAAAUACCCUGACUUUCUUACAGCUUCGCCUUGAGCAAAACUCGCGAAAAGACCCGAAAAGGACCUCACCGUUUGAGCGUUAUUUUCAGUAAAAGUCAUUUUCUCCACGAGAAAAAGGAAUUUCGAAAAAAGCUCUCUUUGAAGUUGGACAGGAGCUCACGGAGAAUCGAACGCAGUAUGAAUUGAGGCUCUACGAUCUUCCAGAAAAUAGAAGAUAGGUUUGCAAAAACGGGAAGCACUUUUUGGACAUUUUUCUCUCGGUGUGCCUACCGCAAAGGGAUUUUGGGUCUAAGAUCUUUCUGAGUCCAUAUUCUUGUUCAGUUUUCGACGCUGAACAAGAAUAUCUGUAUUAGAAUACUCCGACUCCAAGCCAGGCUAAAAAAUUUCAAAUUCAAAAAAAGACAGCGAAAACGGGUUUUUUAGUCCCUCCGAAUAUUUUGCCCAUAACUCCGCGAGAGAAGGGUUUCCGGAGUCGGGAAGUGAUAUUCGUGAUCGCCGUUCGAUUCUCUGUAGAAUGAUGUGCAAAAGAACCGAAUCUGUUUUCCACUCGAAUUCUACUUUCCGUGCAUCUUACUUUUUUUGUUUUCUAAAUUUUGAUGAUUUUUAUUAUUUGAUGGUUGUUUUAUUUAUAGUUAGUUGUUUCCUCCUUUUUUUCUUUUUAUUUAUAAAUUUGUAGUUGUUAUUCAUUUAUUUAAUUUGAAAUUAGUUUUUUUUGUAAUAUUUAUAGAUAUUUUGUUAUUGGUUUAUUAUUUUAGUUUUAUUCUUAUUUAUGGUCUUAGGGUGCUAGGUCAAUUGGUCGCAGGACAAUUCGUCGCGGUCAAUUAGUUGCAAGUCAAAGUAGUUCAAAUUUUCGGUACUAUUCAUGGGCACAAAAUGCUCGUCAAUGUUUACUUUUUCGCCUUGUUCAUUAUACAACUGACAGGCACGGCCUGCACCAUGAAGUCUCAUAUUUGGUAAGUGAUCAUCCAUAA